AGAUGCUCGUGCAUAGGUGGGAGAUUAGGUUAAAGACCACGGGUUUAAGGGUCUAAAGGGUGUAAUAGAAAGUGCUUUAUUAGGCGCAGGUGUAUUUAAUCCUACAUCUCAAACGAGGAUAUGGCACCUGUUGUAGAAGCACAGCAACCGACCACAAACACAGUCGAGGAACCGCUGGAUCUCAUCCGGUUGAGUCUGGACGAGCGAAUUUACGUGAAGAUGCGGAACGACAGGGAGCUUCGUGGAAGACUACACGCUUAUGACCAACAUCUGAACAUGAUCCUUGGGGAUGUGGAGGAGACGGUCACAACAGUGGAGAUUGACGAGGAAACGUAUGAAGAAAUUUACAAGUCGACGAAGAGGAACAUUCCUAUGCUGUUUGUCCGUGGAGAUGGAGUCGUGCUAGUUGCUCCGCCGCUGAGAGUCGGUUAAGCUCUGAAUGAAAGACAAUUUUGACUGUAAAUUGUUAGGAAUAUUGGAUUUGUUUUGUUUUUUUGUGUAAACACAGAUCUGUAAAGGUUUUUGUAUCUUUAGUUGAAAGAUGUCACAGAAGUUAAUGUGUUACCUGGUUGGUAGAUUGUAUCCUUUAAAGCUAUUAUGGAUGUUCCUCCAUACAUGCUUUAUAUUCACAAUAAAAUGUUGAUUUCUUUCAGUAA